AUGACAUCAAUUGCAGUUGAAACAUCACGACUUGCACAAACACUAAUUAGAUAUUGUGUUGAAAAUAAUGUGCCAGUUCCAAGGUUAGAUUAUGGUGCAAGAAAUUUAUUUAUCCUGCCGCAAUCGGUAAAUCUAGAAAGCCUUCAAGACUACAACCAACACCACGUACGUGAUGCUAUAGUAUACAUCAAGAAAACUAGUCUUCCAACUUCAUCUGCCUCAAUACAAACUUAUUUACAUUAUGUUCUUGGACAUCUCCCAACGUUUCUUGUAUUUCAUGGUAAUAGCCGUGGAAAUCCAUCUGGACCUAAAAAAGAGCUCUUUGUACAAUUGAAAAAAGCACGUUUGGCUAGGAAAUAUGACGAAUUUAGGACAUUCCAUAAUUUUGUUCUUGCUGUUGCAGAUGAUAUUUGA